CAGGGCUGGGUAAGGCCCGGAAAUCCCAGUUGGCCCAGUGGGAGCGGGGCUGUGGUGCUGGGCGAGAUGCGAGGCAAGGACGAUGAGUACGAUUAUCUCUUCAAAGUUGUGCUCAUCGGGGACUCGGGGGUGGGCAAGAGCAACCUGCUGUCCCGCUUCACCCGCAACGAGUUCAACCUGGAGAGCAAGAGCACCAUCGGGGUGGAGUUUGCCACCAGGAGCAUCCAGGUGGACAACAAGACAGUGAAGGCUCAGAUCUGGGACACGGCCGGGCAGGAGCGCUACCGCGCCAUCACCUCUGCGUACUACCGAGGGGCAGUGGGAGCUCUGCUGGUCUAUGACAUUGCCAAGUACCUGACGUAUGAGAAUGCAGAGCGCUGGCUGAAGGAGCUGCAGGACCACGCUGACGCCAACAUUGUCAUCAUGCUGGUGGGCAACAAGAGUGACCUGAGGCACCUCCGGGCUGUGCCCACCGACGAGGCCAGGAGCUUUGCAGAGAAGAAUGGGCUGUCCUUCCUUGAGACGUCUGCCCUGGAUUCCACCAAUGUGGAGACAGCUUUCCACAACAUCCUCUCGGAGAUCUACCGCAUAGUGUCGCAGAGGCAGAUCACAGGACAGCCAGAGUCUGAGUUCGGCCCCUCCACCUCCAUUGAACCCAUCCAGGUGCUGCCCACGCAGCAGGAGGGCCGGCAGGCACCCUGCUGCCAGAACAUCUGAGCCCCUGGGCUGCCCCCAGCGUGCCCCCCCAGCACAUGGUGGUGCCGUGUCUCGCUCAGCCUGCAGCCCUGGGCAGGGCAGCGAGCUCUGCCUGCUGCUGUGUGCACCAUCGCCCUGCCCUGGUGCUGCUCUGCCUGGCUUUAGGUAGGACCAGCAAAAACAGGGGGAGGCAGAGCAGCAGGGAGUCUCCCUCUGUCCCCAAGGCUGGGGGCAUGCCGUCCCCUGUGUCCCUGCUCCCUUUAGCCCUGCAGGCACAGUCACUGGGUGGCCCUGAACAAGCCCAAAUGUGGUGAGUUCCUGUUUGGUGACACCCUGUGUGCUGCCCUGUGGGAUGGGUGUGGAGGGGACACUGGGUGCAUCCUUCUGCUGCCUGGUGAAGCCAGCAGUGAUGUGUCCUGUAGUGCCCAGCCCUGUCCCUGCAGCACCGAGAGCUGGGAGUGCCUCUGGGCACUGCUGGGGCACCCAGGGAGGGGUGUGGGGGUGACACUGUUUCUGUGUUGUGACCCCAGCCAAGGGAAAAGCUGUGACUCUUCCAUGGAAAGAGAUGGGAGCAGGGGCUGGGGGGGUCUGGCCUUUGGGAAGCCCCGAGGAGGGGACAGGGGACACCAGGGAUUUCAGGGAUGAUGUGCUGAGGGUAGGUACAUGGUCCCUCUGCACAGCUCCCUGUGGGGGAGCCAGGGUCAGCACUGGGGACCCCCUCCAGGUGCCCCUGGCAUAGCUUGGCCCUGCCCUGCUCCCGUGUCUGGCCACUGUGGCUGGUGGCUGCAUGGCCCAGCCUGGGGACAGGCCACCACUGCAUGGAGUGCCUGCUGCAGCAGCAGGCUGGCAGUGGCAUUGUCCCCUGCCUGGGGGACAGCAGCCACCCCCCAGGGUACUGGGACACACUCUGCUGAGCCCUGUGCUGCUGUCGGGGUGAUUGGCAGGUGUCAAUCAAGGGGUGCAGGUGGGAAGGCCUGCCCCAUUGACCCAGUACUGGGAGUGUGGCCCUUGUCGGUGGGGUUUUGGGGUCCCCUGUCAGGGGGGUUUUGGGGGAUCUUUCUCUCCACAGCUGCCCCCAGUCUCUGCAUCUCUCUUGGCUGUGCCAGUAGGAUCCGGGCCAUGGUUCCCCCCUGGGGCAUGAUUUGUCAAUGAAACAGAAAUUGAGGCAAAAUCCCCAAAUAAAGCUGCUGUUGAAACCUUU